AUGGACAUACUGCGUGAAUUAAACGAUGAAGAAUUACAAUAUAUCAUGGAAAACCUUGAGAGUAAACUUCCUGACACUCUUAUGGAGUUAAAUUAUAUUUUAACAGUGAAGAGGAACAAAGAUUUAGUAAAGAAUAUUGAACACGUAUCAGAAAGUUUUCUGCCAACAUUUUACACUCAUCGAAAGGGGAAAAAAGAAAAUUGUACAUUUUUUGCAAUAACAGGUGCGAAUGAUCACAGAGUUUGGAUUUUCUCUUAUGAAGAAAGUUUAAGAGAAGUGAAAGAAUGCUUGGAACAAACUUCACUCAUUCGAUGGAAGGAUAAAAUUUUUUUUGACGUGGUUAAUAAAAAAAUAGCUUCACGAAUAAUUGAACACAUUAAUCAAAACAAAUUCAAUUUAAAACUGUCUGUCGAAGGCUCCUUCUACUAUUUGGAAAAGGAAAAAGUUAAUCAAUUCGAUCUCAAUAUUCCUGAUGGAACUUACUUAAAGAAAUUAACUGAAAAUGAUGCAAAAUAUUGUGCAAGCACGUGGGAAUGGAGCAGUGACACUACGGAGAACUUUGUCAAAACAAUAAUUCUGCUUGAUUGUGCUUAUGGUAUUUGUGACAAAUCAACUGAUGAAAUCUUAUCAUUUGGCAUUAUCAAUCAUUUCUCAGCUAUUUCAAUGCUUUAUACUGUGGAACAUGCAAGAGGAAAACACUACGGAGAACUCAUUGCAAAAUAUUUGGCAGUGAAAAUUGUUGAAAACUUCGAUUUAGCACCAAAUUGUUGCAUAACAGGAUCAAACAUCGCAUCGGAAAAACUAUUUGAUAAAUUAGGAUAUGUCCACAUCUGUGACGUAUCACGAAUCAUUGUUUAA